AUGCCGCCACCUCCCAAGCAGUCUAUCUCGGGGUUGCGUUCCAUAAAACGCGACUUCUCUAGUUUUCUCCCCUCGGCGAGUCAGGACUCAGUGAUAAGCAGCUCAGAUCCAAACGCUAUUCCCUGGACGCCUACUCCUCCGAAACAAUCGAAGCUCUCCGGUGCAGAGCAACGCUUGAGGGAUAUUGAAGAAGCCCUCAAGGGUAACCUCGUCUCGUCUGAAAUUGCACUCGCGUCUUCUCAGACUUCUAGGAGCACCAUGCUGCAGAAGCGACCUUCGUCUUCACAAGACCCACCUGCAAAGCGUCGCCAACUUCCUUCAAGCUGGAACGAUCCUGAACCUAUCCAGCGCUCAGCGUACUUCAGCUCGUCGAGCACGCGGACUCCUGUUGUAAACAAGACUUUGACCAACAAUGCGCCCGGUAGAACUGCGCCUAUCUCUUUGAGCCAGGAACAACAACAUAUCUUGCAGCUUGUAAGGGAAGGACAAAAUAUUUUUUAUACUGGAAGUGCAGGAACCGGAAAAUCUGUCCUCUUGCGCGAAAUAAUUGCGAUUAUGAGAGCGAAGCAUUCUAGGUCGCCUGAUGCUGUCGCUGUGACCGCUUCUACAGGCAUUGCGGCAUGCAAUAUCGGCGGCAUGACCAUUCACUCGUUCUCCGGGAUCGGACUCGGACUCGAAUCCGCCGAGGUGCUUGCCAACAAAGUGAGGAAGAACAAGAAGGCGAGCGCUCGAUGGGCACGCACGCAAGUGCUCAUCAUAGAUGAGAUAUCAAUGGUGGAGGGUGAAUUAUUCGACAAAAUCGCGCACAUUGGGUCCAUUUUGCGCAAACGACCAGAGCCAUUCGGUGGAAUCCAGGUCGUUGUGACCGGUGACUUCUUCCAGCUACCUCCUGUAACAAAGGGUCAGAAAGCGACUUUCGCCUUUGAGGCGGAGAUGUGGAGAAAGACUAUCAAGAAGACAUUCAAUCUCACACAAGUAUUUCGUCAACGUGAUCCGGAAUUUGUCGACAUGCUCAAUGAAAUGCGCUUCGGCAAACUUACCCCCGGAUCUAUCGCCAGGUUUAGAAGCCUCGCUAGAGACAUCGUGUAUGAAGACGGACUUGGAGCGACUGAGCUAUUUCCCUUACGUGAAGAUGUUGAACGAUCUAACACAGCUCGUAUGAGGGUUAUUCAGGGAGAAACACGCUCAUUUACAGCAUUGGACGGGGGUACCCUCACCGAUGAAACUCAGCGCGAGAAGAUGCUCAACAACUUCAUGGCACCGAAGACACUUACUCUGAAAAUCGGUGCCCAGGUUAUGUUGAUCAAGAACAUAGAUGACACGCUUGUGAACGGUUCAAUGGGCAAGAUCGUAAAGUUCAUCGAUCCUUCAGCGUCACUUGAGGAAGAUGAUAUUGCCUAUGGUGGCAAACCUUCUUCGAAGAACGGCAAAGCAGGGAAGAAGCAAAGUUCAGGAGUCAUGUGGCCUGUGGUAGAUUUCCUCCAACCUGGUGGCGGUUUGCGUCGGGUGACUGUUCAACCUGAGUCUUGGAAGGUGGAGCUCCCGAAUGGAGAGGUCCAAGUCAGCAGAACACAGCUUCCCCUCAUUCUGGCUUGGGCCAUGUCUAUCCACAAAUCGCAGGGCCAAACGUUAGAGCGUGUGAAAGUUGAUCUUGCGAAGGUAUUCGAGAAAGGUCAAGCAUAUGUUGCUCUUUCGCGUGCGACCUGCCUAGAUGGUUUACAAGUGCUUCAUUUUGACCCUGCGAGAGUGAAUGCUCAUCCUAAAGUUGUCGAUUGGACUAGAACACUGGCGACCGUCUCUUGA